AUGCCAUACGCAGGUCGCGGCGGUGCUGGCAACAUUCAAGCCGUCGAACAAGAGAAGAAUCGCAUCGCAGCCGACCUCGAAGCAGGCCAGGCCGCCGCCGAAUCGAUAUCGCAACCCCCACCACCCCGCGAAGAGAAGCAAUAUGCUCACUCUGGUCGAGGAGGCGCAGGUAACUACUACAAUCCAAAAGAGCUUAGUAAUACCGGCGUCUACAAAGACUCUGGCUUUAGUCAGAGGGUCGGUAAUGAGGUCAACACCCUUGGGCAUGAACCACUGCCGCAUGAUGGUGAGCAGGUGAAGAAGGUUGGAAGAGGUGGUGCGGGCAACUAUGCUGCUUUUGAUGCGAGUGAGGGGCAGACGAGAGCGCUGGAGAAGAGGUUGGAGGCGGAUAGGGAGAUGAGGGAGAUGGUAAAGAAGGAUGUUGAGGAGAGGGUUAAGAGUACGUUGGCGGAGCCGCCGAAGGCGAAGAUUGCUAGGGGUGAGCCGUAUUGA